AUGGGUGAGAUUGGGGCAGGUCUCCAGACGUUGGCAAACUCAUCCCGAGUUCUCACCUCUUGGGGAAUGGGCGAACAACUCAGCAAAUGUGCAACGACGCCGCGGCUCUGCAACAUGAUCGGAUGGCGAGGUGAGGCCAUAUCAACGUGGGAUAUCCACAAGUCUACACGCGAGGAAUGGGGCAGUCCAUACUGGGAUCUGCAUCGCGUCAGUCUGCAUCGAUGUCUCUGGGACCGAGCGGUGGAACUGGGUGCCGAGGUGCGGGCCAAUUCACGAGUAACCGAUGUCAGGAUUGCAGCGGACGGAAGUUAUGCGACUGUGGUGGUCCAACAAGGCGAGCAAGGGACCCGCGCCUCCAUGGACGCAGAUCUCGUCGUCGGCGCGGACGGCAUCAGAAGCCACUGUCGAGAUCUACUGGUUGGGAGAGAUGACCCUCCGGCCAAAUCGGGGGAUAUGGCGUACAGAGUUCUCCUCAAUACCGACGACAUGCUAAAGGACCCCGAACUGAGAGAUUUCGUGUUGGAUCCGCAGGUCAACUACUGGAUUGGGCCUGAAUGUCAUGUCGUGUCGUAUGUCUUGAGAGGAGGCAAACAAUUCAAUAUGGUCCUCCUGGUCCCCGAUGAUCUACCGGAGGACGUCGUCACGCAGGAGGGGAACGUCGAAGUUAUGCAAGCUUUGUUCAAAGAUUGGGACCCGAGAGUCCGCAAGAUUCUGUCUACCUGUUCUCAAGUCAAGAAAUGGCGCCUCUGUACCCGAACGCCCACCCCAAGCUCCCCGUCCUGGUACCACCCUAGCGGGACUUUCGUCCUGCUCGGCGAUUCCGUCCACGCCACUCUCCCUUACCUCGCGAGCGGCGCCGGCAUGGCCAUCGAGGACGCCUCUGUCCUAGGCCUCUGCCUCUUGCGCAUAUCCUCCAGCUCCACGCCCCAAGAGAAGCUGCACGCUCUGAGAGUAUAUGAGACGUGCCGAAAACCGCGGACCCAGCGGGUCGUCGAGAAGGCGUAUGAAAGCCAGUACUUAUAUCAUCUUCCGGACGGUCCGGAGCAGAGGGAGCGGGAUGGAAAGAUGAAGGCCUUUGAGGACGCAUAUCGCACUCAAGGGAAUGGAGCAGUACCCCAGGGCCUGAAGCAGGGGGACGAUGCGUUUGCUUGGAGGAGCGGUGGGGUUGGAAAGUGGUUGUUUGAAUAUGACUGCGAGAUGGAUGUAGAGAGAUGUUGGACAUUGCUCCAGGCGGAGGGAGAGGCUGCUGCAAGGACAGCUGCUCGCUCAGACUCGAAGAAGCUCGGCUUAGGUCUAGCGGCAACUGCAAGACUGUAA